CAUUCUUUACACAAAACACACCUGUAUCUUUUUAUCUCUUUUUUUAUUACUAAUCCAAAAAAUGUCUUCUACCUUGACAACCCUAGAUGAGCUUGAGUUUCCCAAAGCAGUUCUCACAAGGUUACUCAAAAGCAGUCUUCCCGAAAACAUCGCGAUUCAAAAAGAAGCGCGUCAAGCAAUAACCAAAGCCUCCACUGUAUUCGUCAGUUACCUAGCAGCCACCGCCAAUGAUUGUGCAAGGGAGUCUGGGCAUAAAACUAUUAUGUCUAAUGAUAUUUUUAAGGCUUUGGAGGCGGUCGGGUUGGGGGAUUUUGUCGAUAGGUUGCAGGGAGAUUUGGUUUUACAUGCGGAGGUUUUGAGGGAAAAGAAGGAGAGGAAGAGUAAGGAGGUGGUUGGAGGAAAUGAGGAAGAGGAGGGGGAGGAGGCUGAGGAAGAGGAAGAGGACGAGGUUGAGGAUGCGGCGGAGGCUCUGGAAACGGAGGAGACCAUGGGGGAGGCCGAGUUUGUGGGUGCUGCCGGGGUGUCGGUUGUGAAGGAGGCGGAUGGGACACAGAUGGACGUCGACGAUGUUGCCAAGCGCCCACGAAUCGAGUGAAAAAGAAAAAGAAAAAGAUCCAAUUAUUUAUUUAGUAUCAAUGAAUAAAAAACAUUCCAUGU